AUGGCACCGAUGGACUUCGAACAGUACGGGCAGAGCUCCCAGCAGCCUCGGCAACGCAAGAGAAGAGCUGGAAGACGGCGAUUGAACAAUAAGGCGCCCAUCGCGGCUCGUUUGGCGCUAGAUCCCCAGUUGCGCGGGAAGGUUGGCAUAUUAUCCGAGGAUCUAGCGAAUGACCUCUUCCAGCAGCAGGCUCUUCAAGAUGUCACGACUUCCGACGAUGGGGUACUCUAUGUUGCAAUUGCCCCGCAUACCCCGACCUAUACCUCCGUCGAAGACCAGGCCUGGACGAUACUCCCAGUGCGCAUCCAGCCAACAGAGAGGUCGCCAGUCCCAAUGUCACACUCGACCGUCCUGUUUCCCGAAUCGGCUGACUCACUCCAGCCUUUCCUCCAAGCUCUGGGGAAAGUGGAUUCGUCACGCAACUCCCUACAGGCUCACCGUUCCGUAGAGAUUCGGAUUCUCGAUGUCGCCCCAAUUCACCUCGAUACGAUAUUUGUGACUGUAGAGCGACAUCUCCUUCGCAAUCAUGAUGAUGUCCAGAACAAAUUUGGUGGUGGUUUCACGAAUGCGCAGGGGCCAAAUGGUCUCUGGGGUAAAGCGGGGAAGACCGCCGAAGCCAAGCAGUAUUCGAAAAGAGCCACAGGCGAUGCUGAACAACGUCUUACUGCAGCAGUACGUGAGGCAUUGGGAGCUCAGCGCAUUGUACAUACUGGAGAUGUGCUGCCUCUUCCACUCCCUGCUCAUCCCAUAACCCAUGCGCCACCACCACCGGCGCGGAUCUCAUUCUGUGAGCCGGUUUCGCAAGGCUUGCUGAUGUCAACGACAAAGAUUAUCCUUGUUCAAGCUCGUGCUCAAGGAAUUCGCGCUCAACAAACCCUGCCUUCAAGGUCUGCGCUUCUGAAGCAAGUGGCCGAGGAUGAAGCCGACGAUACUUCCAAUGAACAAUUCUACUCUGCCGCUGAGGAUAAGCCCGGAGAAAGCGGAACUGAAAUGGAGGCCACGUCUGCUGCCGAGGAAUCGGAAACAGAGGGCUCAGUAGGUUCCAUCAGUGACUCCUCAGAUGAUUCUUUGGAGGAUAUGAUCUCCCUGAGCGCACCUGAACUUACACAGUCAGCAUCAGGAGCCAUGUCUUCCUUGACUGCGGCGACCCCUAGAGCUGGUGGUCGAAGAUCAGAUAGUAUUCAUACCCCGGGUUCGGUGGCAUCAAAUUUCACAUCGGCGACAAUGCGCCCUGGCCGUGGCGGAGGCAAGACCUUCAAGGUGGAGGGUCUCCUGCAACAGGUCCCGAAUGAAGCGCUACACCCCCGCCCUCGCGAUGAUGAAGAUGUCGAUUCAUUCGUGUUUGUCGAUAUCAGCACUCUCGCUAAAAUCGGGUGCUUCUCUGGCGAUUGGGUCAGAAUUGAAGCCACUGAAGAGCCCCAGCUGAAUAUGUUUGCCUCACUUCAAUUUGGAAGCUUCAACAAUACUCCAGAAGACUCAGGGGAUUGGCGACCUGUUAAGAUUUUUGGUCUUUCCGGUCUUCCAUCCUCUAAGCCACGGUAUGCCAUUAAUCACUCGGGUGAGCGUCGACCUAGCAUCUCACAACGUGCACCCAACCGUUUGACACCUUCGGUAUUUGUCCCGCCAUUGCUUCUCGGUAACAUUGAAAAUCCCAAGUACCUGCGGAUAUCCUCAAUGAACUUCACAACCCCAAAUUCUACGAAACCUGGUCUUUUACAUCACAUGAAGAACUCCGCUGCCAAGAACCCGCCUUUGGCAAAGGAAGUCACACUGCUGAAAGUUUCUACUCCUCUCUCAAUGGACCGGGUUCUUCAGCCAGCUUUGUUUGCAGGGCUCAAACAGUACUUUGAGUCGCGCCGACGUAUUCUCAAAAGUGGCGAUCUGGUCGGAAUUAGCGUGGAUGAAGGGCUUGGUAGAGCUGUAUUCUCUGGAACCGCUGGCGGUGACAGUGCCAACCAGGAGGAUGAUAUCACUGCCCGUCUAGGCCAGAAUUCCAAUUCCAACAAUGGCGGAGCCCGCAAAGUUGGCGUUGCCUGGUUCCGUGUCGGGCAGGUAGCCCCCAUUUCCGUAGAGGAGGUGGAGGAAACAGGCGAAGACCAGUGGGGUGGAGUCGCUGUUCUUGAUCCGGCAACUACUCGCAUGGUUCAGGCCGGAAGCGCCGUGAGCCGUGUUCCCGGCGUCUUAAACAACGGAUGGGAGUAUUGGCUAGGCGUCAAGACAAUCCCAAAGAGCGUUCAUGAUAUCCCUUCGCCUCAUGGUAUUGUUGCCGACCCACCUCAAUCCUUUGUCCCACCCUUGCAGGAGCGACUCCGUGAUUUGAUGUCUGCUGCCACAAGCCCUCGCGCUAUUCAACUGGGAAUGAAGCCUGUAUUUAUUCUCCUUAGAUCCCAGCAGAGACAUAUUGGCAAGGCAACCGUCGCAACCCGGGCGUGCGCGGAUAUUGGCCUCCACACAUUCCCUAUCGAUGCGUACGACAUUUUGACAGAAGGCGGUGCGAACGGCGGCGAUGUCAAGACCGAGGCAUAUCUCAAGGCUCGAGCGGAACGGGCUUUCCACUGCGGAGCAAACUGCACCUCGUUGCUGAUCAAGCACAUUGAGGUUCUAACUGCGGAUCGCAUCGUUACUGCAAUGACCGAUAUCCUCCACGAUGCCAGAGUUGUUAUCGCCACCACCACGGAUGUUGAAACCAUUCCGGAAGGCAUCCGCAGUCUCAUCACCCAUGAGUUCGAGAUGGGCGCCCCAGAAGAGAAAGAGCGUGAAGGAAUCCUUCGAAAUGCCGUCGCAGAGCGCAGUAUUAAACUGUCCGCGGAUGUGGAAUUGGGAACUGUAGCUCUGAAGACUGCAGCCCUGGUUGCAGGAGACUUGGUCGAUGUUGUGGAACGAGCUGCCGGGGCGAGAACAGCUCGCCUCGAAGGUCUGGCAGAGGCCAGCAAGAAGAUUUCGGGCUCGGAUGUGUUUGUCCGAGACGUCCUGCUGGCAGGAGGCGAUGGCGCACGAGGUGUGACGAAGGCAGACUUCGACGCUGCUGUAGAAGCCGCGCGAAAGAACUUUGCCGAUUCAAUCGGUGCACCUAAGAUCCCAAAUGUCGGCUGGGACGAUGUUGGUGGAUUAACUAAUGUCAAGGAUGCCUUGGUCGAGACUAUCCAACUGCCGCUUGAGCGACCCGAGCUCUUCGCCAAGGGCAUGAAGAAGCGCAGUGGUAUCUUGUUCUACGGUCCACCCGGUACUGGAAAGACCCUGCUUGCCAAAGCUAUUGCCACCGAGUUCUCCCUCAACUUCUUCUCCGUUAAGGGUCCCGAGCUACUUAACAUGUACAUUGGUGAAUCUGAAGCCAACGUACGACGGGUGUUCCAACGCGCUCGGGAUGCUCGUCCUUGCGUUGUGUUCUUUGAUGAGCUGGAUUCGGUUGCGCCCAAGCGUGGUAACCAGGGAGACAGCGGUGGUGUUAUGGAUCGUAUUGUCAGUCAGCUGCUCGCAGAGCUGGAUGGAAUGAAUGGCGGCGAGGAGAACAGUGGUGGUGUCUUCGUCAUUGGCGCGACUAAUCGUCCCGAUCUACUUGACACUGCACUUCUCCGCCCUGGUCGUUUCGAUAAGAUGCUCUACCUAGGCGUCUCCGAUACACACAGGAAGCAGGCCACCAUCCUCGAGGCUCUGACUCGCAAGUUCGCUCUCCACCCCGAGGUCUCGCUUGACCGUGUUGCGGAACAGCUUCCUUUGACUUAUACUGGUGCUGAUUUAUAUGCGCUGUGCUCUGAUGCCAUGCUGAAAGCCAUCACCCGGAAGGCCACUGCGGUCGAUGAAAAGAUUAAGACUUUGCCUAAUGGCCCCGUCAGCACUGCUUGGUUCUUCGAUCACCUCGCCACAAAGGAAGAUGUAAAUGUUAUGGUCAUGGAGGAGGAUUUCCUGUCUGCGCAAGGAGAGCUCGUCCCCAGUGUUAGCGCCAAGGAACUUGAACACUUCGAGCGUAUCCGUCAGACAUUCGAAGCCGUUGACAAAUCAAAGCAAGACUCCACAGCCGCCGCACCUCAAACAAUCGCCGAGGCAAUGGAGGCAUUCACCCUAGACGAUUCAAUGACACCAAUCGAGUCACCAGUCCCCAAUGGUGACAUCAACACAUCAGGCGGCUCCACCAACCGCACUAAAGGCCCGAACAAGCGGCCCGGCGGUCUUGUCCGCAGCGCCAGUGGCACCUCAGCAACCAGCAGCAAAGGAAAAGGAAAGAGCGUCAGCAAGAAGGGCAAGGGAUCCCUCACUGGUGCGGAAUCUGAGGGAUCCGUUGAUGGCGAUGACGAUGAUAUCGCGGAUAGAGUCAAUGGAGAUCACGACGACGAUGAUUACAUCGUCCGGACUGAUCAUUUGAGGAACCCCAUGGAGGAAGUCGAAUAG